AUGUUGUUUGUAGCAACGGGUGGAGCGGCGGUGGUGCCCCCGACCCGGGCUGACUCGGUGCCCACGUUUGUACAGUUUCCGUUGGAGUGCGGCGUGUUGGAGAUAUUGUUGAGCACGGCGGUUGGAAUGAUGGCUGCGGAGUUGGAGGAGAUGGAUCGUACAGUGGAGGCCUUCAAUGUGGCUUGUCUCGAGCAUCAUCCGAAGCCGCGAACACUGCACGAUCUGCAUGAGUUGAAGGAGCCGGUAGAUGGCUUUAUGGACCGGCUGGCGAACACGGGAAAGGUGUUGGAGCAACUGCUGAAUAGCAGUGAAGAUAUGCGUGGCAUGGAACUCACUCGUCUUUAUUACUCCCUUUUACCGGAUGAGGCCACCGAGCGUGAUGAAGAUGACUACAACCCCAAUCUCGAAAUCAUGUUUGAAUACUUCGAUCAGGAACUCGAUCAAAUGACACAACGAGCCUCCAAGGUGCAGCGCGUACUCGCUAACGCAGAGCGACACAUCAACUUGAAACUUUCGCUCAUGCGCUCCAAGUUCCACAUCUUCGAUAUCAUCAGUGGCAUCCUAGGCGUAGGCAUCGCCGCAGGCAACGGUAUCAGCGGCAUCUUCGGAAUGAACCUGCGCUCCGACCUCGAAAACUCCAAAACCUCCUUCCUCCUCUCCGUCUCUGCCAUCGUACUCCUCGCCGCCACCAGUGUACUCAUUGCCUGGUACUUCCGCGCUCGCUACGUCUGA